AUGCAACACCAAGCGGUUGUUCCAAAAUACUGGUGGAAAAUCUACAAGUUCCUCCGGAACAUGGCGGUCUUAUUAGUGAACAACUCAACGACUUCAACUUCUUCUCAAUCUACGGUGAUAGGGAUGAGGUUGGAUAUCCGAUUUUCAUUACUACACGAAUUGCUUGGAUUUGUUGGUUUAAAGUUUGAGAGAUUGACUUAUCUUGUUUAA